CGGCGAGGAGCAGGGCAACGGGGGGACAUGUUAACGUAGGGACCAGGCACCUGGCUAACCCCCAGCCACUUGCCCAACUGCCGUGUCCCGGCACAGCUCCCGUCCUGACCAUGGAUCCGACCCCGGAGAUGAAGAGGAAUAGGUUCCCCAGCAUGAACUUUGAAGCAGAGAUUCUGACAGCUUCACAUGAUAAUUCAGAGCUAUACGUGAUCCCUUCCAUGAGAAGUCUCACGGCUGAGGAGUAUGUAGAGGCCUUUAAGUCAUUUUUGGAUCAUUCAACAGAGCACCAGUGCAUGGACCAGUUCAACAAGGAAGCAAUGCCCAACAUCAUGGCUGGUCUCGGCAAUGGAAAAUCGACUAUAAAUGUUCUGGGAGUUGGAAGCGGCACAGGUGAGCAGGAUUUGAAAAUGAUCAGGAUACUGCAGGCUGCGCACCCAGGGGUCCUUAUUGACAAUGAAAUCAUAGAGCCCAACCCACGGCAUGUGGCAGCUUACAAAGAGUUGGUGAAUCAAGCUCCAGACCUGCAGAACGUCUCUUUUAUUUGGCAUCAGUUCACUUCCUCGGAGUACGAACAACAGAUGAAAGAGAAAGGUGCACAUAAGAAAUUUGACUUCAUCCAUAUGAUCCAGAUGCUGUACCGUGUGGAGGAUAUUCCCAAUACCAUCAAGUAUUUCCACAGUUGCCUUGACCAUCAUGGUAAACUCCUGAUCAUAAUAUUAUCAGACAGUAGCGGAUGGGCCAGCUUAUGGAAGAAGUACAGGCACUGCUUGCCUUCCACCGACAGCGGCCACUACAUCACCUCCAACAGCAUCACAGACGUUUUGAAGAGACUGGGUGUUGAAUACCACGUUUAUGAGUUCCCGUCGGGCUGGGAUAUCACCGAGUGCUUUAUUGAGGGGGAUCCAGUUGGAGGCCACAUGAUGGAUUUCCUGACGGGGACAAAAAACUUCCUGGGCACGGCCCCCCCGGGGCUGCGGCAGCGGCUGCAGGAGGCUCUUUGCCAGCCUGAGUGCAGCAGCAAAAAGGACGGGAGGAUCAUCUUCAGCAACAACUUGAGUAUGAUUGUGGUUGAAUCCUAGAGUACGGACCAACUGCAGAAGACAAGUUAGCGUGGGUAUAGGGGCGUUGCAGUCACAGAAGGGCGUAGUGUAGACAGAAGGCAGCUUGCAGGCAAGAAGGCAAAAAGUAGGGCUCAGCCACAGCAUCCAUUCCCAGUCAGGGUCAGCAGACUGCAACACCAGGGAUGAGCUCUUUGUCCCAGUGAGGUCAAUGGGGCCAAGAUUUCAGUCUGGCUAUUUAGUCCAGCCCUAGGAGAAUGUUUUCCAGGAAGUAAAGAGUUCUAUCUCACUAAAAGCCUACAUGGACUUUUUCUUUCUUUUUUUUUUUUUUUUUUCUUUUAAUGGUGUGCAUCUUGUCUGUGCUUUUGACACUGGGGUUUCCACUUUUCUAUAUAGCCAGCAUGUUUACAUACCUAAAGACAUGUUUAUAUGACUAGGCCCUGCUUUGUAGCUGGGAGGAGGCUGCAGCCCCCAUGUCGCCUGCGUACAGACCCACUGCUUCCAGCCGUGCCAGGACAAAGCAAGGUGUCCCUGCUGCUUUGCACCCAAGUAACGCGCCUCACUGCACCCAGACCUGAGCUGUAAGUUGCUCUGCACUAGGCUAUUUCCUACAAAUUUUAUCAGUGUAGGUAUUUACUGCCCUAAAGGUCCCAGCACCUCACAAUAUAAACAUGUCUUAAAAAUUUAUCAGCCUUUUUGUUUGGAGAAUUUUUUGGAUCACAGGAUGAUACUUGCCCUGUGCUCUUUCAGGCAGAUAUUAAUUUUGUUACUUUCUUACUACUGUUUUUCUCCAUAUAAAAUAAAAUCAACUUUAAACCAAAAAAGUCACAUCUUGUUUUGCACAUGUGGGCUUGCAGAAAAUGAAGAGCUAAGAGGUUAUUUAGUUACAUGAAAAAAAGAUGCAAAAUACCAUUUUAUGGAAGCAUUAAGGGUUUCUUGUAAGUGAGAAUGAUGGGCCUGAGGAUGUGGAAGAGCUGGCAGUGAGCUGCAGUUUUUUCUUGUGCUGCAGCCAUGGGAGGCAGCUUGGCUCACUUGAAGAAGCAUCGCUACAUCACAAUAAAACAGCAUCUACUUUAAUUAAAUAUAUGUGGUUAAGCUGUUAAUAUAGGUAAGUUAAGACUAUUUCCACAGGGUCCUGAGUUGUUCAGAGGGUUAAAGGAGGUGCUGCCAGGGCAGCCGGCUGGAAAGGGAGAUCCUGCACAGGACACCAGUGGGGUUGGGCACUGCAUUUAGGGCUAUGGUUCUGUGCAGACCUUGGGCUGGGCACAUGGGAGGAAAGGGCCUGAAGUCCCACUGGCUUCAUUGCAAACAGCGUCCACCUCUAUAAACUGAUUUUUCCAUGCUUAAGCUGGAAAGCACAUGCCCUUGUGCACCUGAAGGGGCUCAGGUAUCGCUGUCUCACUGAUGCCUGGUAUUGAUCAAAAGGCUUGUUCCAACAUCACAAACACAUGGGUUGGCACAUCAACUUGCGACAUAUUAGAUGUCACUAUCACCCAGAGUCCUGCUGAUCCCACUAAACCUACCCCACCCCCCACACCGUCUAUCUGCCUGGAUGCAGUUACUGACAGAGGUAACAGUGCUCCUGUCUGAAAAGGUAAUGUCACCUCAUGGAGUCAUUGUGGCUCCACUUUGUUUGUUUGUUUUUUUUCUCUUUGCUUUUUAGUUUGUUUUGUUUGGGGUUUUUCAUAUCUUUUUGAAAUGCAGCCAUUUCUCCUGCAGAUGUUUCCUGUGAAACUACUGUAAAGGAAAAAAGAGAAAAGCAACGGGAAAACGCUAGUGGAACAUCGUCCCUCUGGCAGGACUGCAGCACCCUGGUCUGGCUGCUACGGACUGGACGGCACCUGCUUCACCAUAGAGUCACCACCUUCUUGGUCUCAUGAAGGAGUAAAAGCAGGGUGAAGAAGGAAACCAGCAAGGAGGACAAACAACCCUUACAAGCCCCAGUGCCAAUGGCCUGGAAGACAAGAGGUGGGCACCGGGAGCUGGCUAGGAGAGGCUCCCUAACGUUACAAGGGGAAGAGAUGGAGGAAAAUUUUUUUCCAUCACACGCUUCAGUUCCCUGGGGAGAAACAUAUGAGCUCAUCAUGGUGACACCAAGUAUGUUUCCAGCUGACAGUUAACAGUUGGCAAAGCAGAACUGGCUUGGAAGUCCAACCGUGACAGUUUUUCACUUCUUUUCCUUGUGCUUUGGAGAUCUCAAGAGGGAAAGUGCCAGAGAGGGGAAAAAAAAUGUGAAAGUUCAAAUGAAGCAGGAGGUGCCAGACUAAAACAAAUCCGGGGGAAGAAAAACAUCAGAAAAAUUGGUAAGAAGGUUUUUUAAACCAUAUAUUUAUGAUGUGUCAGUUCUUUCAUAAAAUCAGGAGCUCCUGUUAAACUGCAAUUAGAACUGGUUCUACAUAGCUGAAAGUGUGAGACCAUCUCCAAAUGAGGGCACCUGAAAUUAGCUGUCUAGUACUUACUUCUAUUUUAGGAACUCAUUCUAGUGAUCUGAUUUUCACAGAUGCUGGUGAGCAUUUUUGCAGCCUUGAAAAACGAAAACGUGCCUGAAAAUUAGGACUUAAGUUGAUAAACUGAAAUACCCAAAUUUUGAAUGUUGACUACUGCAACUUACCCACUGCUAUAAAAUGAUUCAGUGACAGGAUCAUAAAUAGCAAUUUUAAGUCCUCUCCAUCUCCAAUCUAACCAGCAAAAGAAAAGAUAUUGAAUGAGGGCAAUGGACCUAAUAGCUGUGUAGAAAUAAUUUUCCAACUGCUACACAUUUUUGGGGUCAUGAUAAAAUUAGCCACUUUGAAUUUGUGCAGCCCAGUUUUAUACCUCAAAUGGAGAACUGGGAUAAUUUUUGAGCACUACAAGCAUCUAAUGCUUCUUAGUCCCUGUGGCAAGAAGGAAUAGGUUUUUAAAGUGCACUUUAUUAAAUAUGGUUGCAGAAGAGCCAGUGUAUCCAGGCUAGUGUAUCCAGGUAAU